AUGGCGUGUGGGCUGAGCUGGCUUCUCCUGGUGGCUGUGUUAGGAGGGGUCCAGUGUGAGGUGCAGCUGGUGGAGUCUGGGGGAGAUUUGGUGCAUCCCGGCGGAUCACUGAGACUCUCCUGUGCAGCCUCUGGAUUCACCUUUAGCGGCUACGUAAUGUGUUGGGUCCGCCAGGCUCCGGGGAAGGGCCUAGAGUGGAUUUCUUCCAUUAGUGAGCGUGGUAUUAAUAUAUACUAUGCCAACUCUGUGAAGGGCCGAUUCACCAUCUCCAGAGACAACAGCAAGAACACACUCUCUCUGCAAAUGAACAACCUGAGGGAGGAGGACACGGCCCUGUACUACUGUGUGAGACACAAGACAGUGAGGGCAGGUCCCUGUGAGCCCAGACACAAACCUGCUGUGGGACACAGGGGAGCUGCAGGGGUGCGUGUGACCACCAGGGGGCGCUGUGCUGUGUCUGCUCUGACCCUGCAGGAGUCGGGCCCAGACCUGGUGAAGCCCUCCCAGACCCUGUCCCUCACCUGCUCUGUCUCUGGGGGCUCUGUCACCAGCAGUAACUAUUGGAAUCGGAUCCGCCAGCGCCCUGAGAAAGGGUUGGAAUGGAUGGGGCUCUGGUCAGGUGGUACCAGCUACAACCCAGCAUUCCAGGGGCGCAUCUCCAACACUGCUGACCCCUCCAAGAACCAGUACUCCCUGCAGCUGAGCUCUGUUACCCCCAAGGACACAGCCGUGUAUUACUGUGCAGGGCACAAUGAGGGGAAGUCAGGGUGA